UUGAGAAUAAGAAAGAUUAUAUUUGGACCGAUAUUUUGAAGAAAUGUUGUAAUUACAACCCCAUGAGCUAAGUGACGAAAGGACUGUGCAUCUGCUUUUGUCAGUACAGGUUUGAUUCUCCCUAGAGUCCGUUUUCUCGGAUUUUCAGCGUCUUAAAAGUUACUAACAACGGGGAUCUGGCUUUUCCAAGAGCAAACAAGAUGGAUAGAUUGUCAUUUCGACUGACGGGCUAGAGUUCUCCCAUUUUCUUUAGACCCACAAGUGCUUAAAGAAGAGAAAGAUCGAGAAUGGCGACGGUUGAAUAUGAUUUGGACACGUCGGGCGGGCUGAUGGAGGAAAUCCAGAAGCUGGUUGCGCCACCGUCCAGUGAUGAGUUUUCAAGACGUCCUCGUCGUAGAGUUCGGGAAUAUAGACGUCAGGGACGAGCUGUGAACCACGAUUGCUGCGACAGUUGUAAGGAAGGAGGAGACCUUCUGUGUUGUGAUAGAUGCCCAGCUGCAUUUCACUUACAGUGCCAUGAUCCGCCCCUUGAAGAGGAUGAGUUGCCCUCAGGGGAGUGGAUCUGUCAUCGUUGUCGAGUGACCCCGCCCCAACCAGAGGUGACAGAAGACAACAAUACACCUGCUCCACCACCAGCCCCUGCCCCUAAACCCAGCACAUCACGCUCCCGCGGCAGGAGGCGAAGUCAGGAGGAGCCAAUGGAAAUACAAGAUGCGGAUGAAGAUAUGUCACACCCGCUGAAGAUGCUGGCCAAAGCUGCCCGCCUGAUGAACCCGGUGCAGUUUGAUCUGCCUAAAGAUGUGGCCUGUACAACAUCCUUACCAGGUUCUAGUAAGAGACGCUGGACCAAAGAAGCUACACGUGGUCCCCCAAAGAAACUGGCACAUGAGCUUGACAGUGGCAUUGUCCCUCUUCCGGCCAAAUUGUGUUUUGUCUGCAACAAGAGCUGUAAGAAGGCCCCCCUGAUACAGUGUGAUUAUUGCCCACUGCUGUUCCACAUGGAUUGUCUGAACCCCCCACUGACCAGCCUUCCAUCGGGACGCUGGAUGUGCCCAAACCAUGCAGAACACUGCCUUGAUGAAGGCUUGCUGAAGUCGGUCAGUUUGACAGAACGAGUAAAGUUGUGGGAUCAUUACACAUCUAGUCCAGUCAACCAGCACACUGCCAAGAUUUGCUUCCUAAAGAAAAUACACAGACAUAGCCCUCCAUUCAGGAUAAAGGUCAAGCAUGCUAAGAGGAAAUCUGUACAGGUUCCUCAAAGCAUUAAAGAACAUUAUUCCCAUCCACCUGCACUUUUACCAAAACCAUUUAGUCAUGUGACCCCAUCAAGAGUAGACAACUGGCAUGGGACGCCAACAAAUGCACCAACAUUGGAAGAACAAGAUGAGUGGCUUACCUCAGUUGUCUCAUUGCAAACCAGUAUAGCCAAAUACCUGGCUCAGAAACAGGUAAAUAAAUCUCCCUCAGCUUCUGGAUCUGUGUGUGCAGGUCUCUCUAGUUCGGACUUGUUAAAAAGUGUGGAAAUUACAAAGCCAAUGGCAUCUGUGUCUCCAGUGGUACAGAAAGACAGUUCAAUACAAGACUCAUCACAGGCAGCGAGUAUAGCGGCAUCUUGUUCUAGUAACACCCCCCUGGGGGUCAGGCAAAGAGCCACAGCGGCAGGAUGUGAUUCUCCGGACUCCAUGCCCUUCUCAAAUGGUCCCGUGCUGGCUGAAGUUGGUGUAAAAUCAGGAGCGGUGUCAUUACUCAAUCAUGCGCCCAAUGGAGAGAUUGGUCGGACUCCCCCCGACGGCACUGGUGUCGUGAAAACGCGCAGCAAUAGCUUGGACUCUGCCCCAGUGAACGUUGUUAAGGUGUCAUGGCCGUCAGGAGAGAAGACGUGCCACAGCAUGGCGGCGUCGACGAGUCCUAGCAUUACAUCGAAGGGUAAAAACAUUGUAAUUAGUGCUAUCAAUAAGGCUAACAACACAGUCAUUACCAAAGUUGUCUCCAGCCCAGGCUCCCAAGGCGGGAAGCCUUUCUCUAACAGUGCUACGGUGAAGUCAGUCAGCAGCAGUGCAAGCCCUACUCCAUCCUUAGUCCACGUCACCCGCAAUCCAUCGUCAAGACACCUGGGUAGCUUGGCAGCCAGUGUCAACUCCGUGUCAUCAGCCACCUCAUCAGGUGCCAGCAAAAUCAUCACUGUAACAACAACCCCUCAGGGUGUGAAAUCAGGGGCAUGCAUCUCUUCCAGCAGCAGCAUGACAAAGGUCACAACAGUGAACAGCCUCAGUAACUCGCCAACCAUCUCUAGCCUGAACAGCACAUUACAGGCUUAUAUAGAGGGAAAUGGAGAAACUGAACUAAGCAAAUUAGAUGAUCGUUUGGUGCAAAUUCUAGCUUGGCAGAGAUUACAACAACUUCUUCCAUCAAAAGCCAUCAGCAACCUCCCUCCAAUACCUCUCAUGCCAAAAAAAGGGCUGCUGAAUGGGUUGCUAUCACAUCAAGGUUCAGCAGAAGUUCAGGCACGGGCGUUGGUGUGUCCACUGACAGGGAAGGGUCAGCCAGUGUGCAUGCCCUACAGGACUCUUAGCAUAGGCACAGGAGCUGAUAUGGACGUGUGCCUUAAUAACUUUGGUACAUGUCAGUAUGUAUCUGCCAAACAUGCAGUGGUCUUCUAUGAUGAGACGAGUAAACAUUUUGAACUGCUGAACUACAGCGAGCACGGCACCACGGUGGAUAAUGUCCUGUACUCCUGUGAUUUCUCGGAGAAGGCUACUACAGCAGUCCAGCCUAGCUCGAUCGUAGCAGCAGUCAGGGGCGUCCUGAAAAAGGGGCGUAAGAAGAAAGUAGAAAAGGAAGAAAAGCCUUUGGAGAAAGAAAGGUUGACUAUGAGCGGAAAAGCAUAUGAGGAGGUGAAAACCUGUAGCUGUAAAGGCAGCACUUCCUGUUUGAUAGGAGGAAGUGGUGCUGGCUGGGAAGGCACAGCACUGCUGCAUCAUGGGAGUUACAUCAAAGUUGGCUGUCUACAGUUUGUCUUUAGCAUUGUGGAACAAGCUCCAUUAGAACCAAAGCCAUUGGACCGGCGACGUGAAUCGAUCUCCCUACUUAAGCCUCCAGUUCGCUCGCAAAAAACUGACUCUUAAGAUGUGUACUUUUAAAAACCCUGGGUGUUCUAAACUUAGACUAAAGCGUUCCUCUUAAUACAUCAGGUUUAAGAUUUGCCUUUUGUUUUGU